AUGGCCGACAUCGAGCGUAGCAAAGCAUGGCUUGACAGCCGAAUGACUGAGCUGACUGAGAAGCUUCUUGCUCUCAAGACUGAGGUGGUACGCUCGCUGCCGGUGUAUCCGAUUGCGAUUGAAGAGAGAGUGCUGACUUUAUACCAGGCUGCCGACGAAGAGCUGAUCGCCGGUCUCAGGGCUUGGCAGGCCGAGUUCACCAACCUUGACGACCAGCCUGAUAUGGGCGAGGAUGCCACUGCCGCUACUGCCGCUACGGCUGCCACUACAAUCACGGGUGGAGACCCAGCAGCAGCAGCAGGAGCGGGAGCAAACCAGUCCCAGGGCGAACACUCCACCAACACCGAGAAGUUGCCCAAACUCAACCUCACAGACCAAUCCGUCACCGAGGCGGUUCGAACCCUGGCCGAAACCCUCGUGAAGAUCAUCACGCCAAUCUGGGCCGCUUCCAAGGACGCGGGAGAGCUUCUCAGCCGCCACUACGAGAGCCAUACGAAGGGCGCCCAGCUCCAUCAGUUCGAACAGCGCGCACAGGAGCUGUUCACCUCCAAGAUGGGCAACAUCGAGCGGGACAUGGGUGAGCUUGAGAAGAAGCUCAGCGAGGUCAGCAUCGAGGAUGCGAGCUUGCAGGAUUUCCUGAAGCUGGUGGAGGUUUCGGCCGAGGUUCAGGUCCGUUGGGGCGAGGUUGUGACUGAGAUUGUCAAGAAUUGA